GAGAGCAUACUGGAACUUCCUGAAGGCCUAGUACGUCGAAGAUGGUCAAAGAAGCCGAAGACACUAGAGAGCUUGGAGGAACCGGGCAGACUCGAUGAAUCGCAACUUUUCGCAUUGAGAUAUGGUACUAUUCAACAACACAGCUUACAACUAAUGUUAAAAGGGGCAAAAUCUAGUGAGUGCUUCAAGAUUGCUCGUGAGGGCAUUCAAUCAUUAUGUGAAAAGUUGGACAUG